AUGAUCUCCCACGUCCCCGCGAGCGAUGACUUCCUGUGGCAGGUGACGAAGAAACACAACGCGUUCACGCGCGCGUCGACGAGCGGACACGGCGCGCGAUUCAGCGCGGAACCGGGCAACGUGACCGCGGAGGUGUCGUUCCGCGCGAGCGGGCUGGCGAACGCGAAGACGAUCGAUAUUCGCGAGCACGACGGCGGGAAGGGGAAGCCGGCGGCGACGUGCGAUGGGAAGAAAUUGUGCGGGUCGUUCAAGUCGCAGGCGGGCGAGGUGAAGAUCGCGGCGAAGGCGCGACCGGACUUGGAGAAAGCCGCGCUCGCUCGCAUCUCCGCCAUCAACAAGGCGGGUCGCGUGAAGUGCGCCGCGUAA